AUGCUUCUCGCCGACGCUAUUUCUGCCAGGAUAUCGGACGUGAAGUCUCAAUCCAAAAAGCGUGACAAUAAGUCAGAGCAGAUGUCUACCAUGCGUAGUCAAGCUCAAUUUCCUCAUAUUCAGGAACCUCGCAACCACAACAGCAGUCUCAUAUCCUCUCCCCUUCUUCGCCUUCCAGCCGAGCUCAGGAUCGCUAUCUACGACUAUGUGUUCGGAGACGUCUUCUACCACUUAAAUGUACACCACGGCCCUGCCAAGACCUAUUCAUCGUUCAACGAAUGCAACCUGGGUCUCAUAGCUGCCUCUCGCCAACUCCACUCGGAAACACGAUUGCUACCCUACAAAUUAGGCAUAUUCACCUUCCAUGUUGCUAUCCCGGAUCAUUCAGAAGACUAUCGUUCAUCUCGCAUAAAACAGUUUGUUGAUUCAAGGACAGAGGAACAGAAGGUCGCUAUCAGCAACAACAUGGAGGUCUUCACAAACUGUGUCAAAUUUAACCCAUGGAUGGUGCUUUAUGGAAUCUCAGUAUGGACACAGGACGAUUGGGAGGUGGCUAUAGCAGAGCAGCUGGAUGAGCAGUGGCUAGAUCAAGAGCUUUGGUAG